AUGAGCUCAUUGAUAUCUCCAAAUGUAGUCAUUUCCUUAUCGCUCGAUGGGUCAUAUUUAUCUCCUCCGACUUCCUUGUUCAUUUAUCUCGAUGGUUCAUUUCUUAUUCAUUUAUCGCUCGUCAGAUCAUAUCGAAACUCCUUUAUUCAUCUCCAACGGUCAGUCAUUUUUCCUUAUUCUCUUUUUAUCUCGCAUUUCCUUAUUCCUUGUCGCUCAUAUCGAAACUCUUUGAUAUAUCUCCAAUGUGGUCAUUUCCUAUUCAUUUGUCGCUCGAUGGUCAUAUCCUUUGAUAUCUCCAAUGUGAUCAUUUUCCUUAUUCGUUUAUCGCUCGAUGGUCAUAUCGAAACUCCUGAUUUAUUCAUUUCCUCAUUUAUCCUCAAUGGUCAUAUCAAUUUCUUUAUUAUCUCCUCCAUUCCUUAUUUAUCGCUCGAUGGUCAUAUCGAAACUCUUUGA